UCUGGGCGUGCGCUGGGCUGCGCAGUGAGGGGGCUCCCGGGGCCCCCGACAGCGGCUCCCGCGGCCCAGCAGCGUGUGCAUGAUCCUGUCGGGGCCGGAGGACCGGGCCUUCGUGUCGUGCUACUCGACGGUGAGCGCCGUGGCCCUCGAACACAUGGACGUCGCCGCAGUGCUGCAGUGCAGCCACCUGCACAUCGGCGGCUACCUGGGUGCAUGCGGCCUCCACACGGAGGCGCUCACGGAGCUCGUGCGGGGCUGCAGGGAGCGGGGCGCGACCGUGUCCCUCGGGACGAACUCGGCCCCAACGGACCUCUGGCUGGGGCAGGACCAGCACCUACGUCGGCUGCUGCCCUACCUGGAUCUCGUCAUCGUCAACGAGAGGGAGCUCUCGGAGAUCACCGCGGCGCUCGGGCAGCCCCCGUGCGCGUUGCGGCCCGGGCUCGUCGUCGUGGAGACGCGGGGCCGCGACGGCACGAGGAUCCAUUCGUCCGCCUGCGAGCCGGUAGAUGUGGCCACCCAGGCGGUGAAGGCUGGGGACUUUGUGGAUGCCACCGGCGCGGGCGACGCCUUCGCCGCGGGCUUCCUCUCGAGGUGGCUCUGCCGGGACGGCGGCAGCGCCGCCGACGCCGCCAUGUGGGGCAACGCGUGCGCCGCGUGCGUGCUGCGGCGCAGUGGCGCCUGCGCCGAGCCCGUGCCGGCUGGUGAGGUGCGGGAGGUGUACGAGGCUCUGGCGAGGCAGGCGGGCUCUUGAGUUACGGCCUCGGCUAAACGCCACACGUGAGAGUGACCUUUCGCCCGAGAUGACCAUUGGUGCGGGCACAGUGAGGCCCCCAGAUGGCUGACUGCGAUGCGAUAGCAGCGGCCUGCCGCAGGCCUGCGGCCUGCCGCAGGCCGCAGGCCGAGGCGAGGAAUAUCCCGAACGAAACCCGACACAUCAACGACACCUUAAAUGCGACGACGAGCCUCGAAAAUGCAGGAACGAGCCACGGUGCGAACGCAUAGCUAGGCGGCUACUGCUGGCCGAGACAUUCGCGAACACGUAGCUAGACCACCGAGGAGGAUGAGGAGGAUGACGAAUGUGCGCGACUGAGUGGGAGCGUCGCCGCCCCCUCCCUCGUCGGUGGGUUAGACGGCCACUGCUGGCCGAGACAUUUGCAAGCACGUAGCUAGACCACCUAAUCAGUGGUGGGUUAGACGGCCACGGCUGGCCGAUAGUUUUGCGAGCACGUAGCUCGACCACCUCUGCGGUGGGUUAGACGGCCACUGCUGGCCGAGACAGUUUCUUUAGAUGUUGUUGGGUCAAUCACAACCUUGUCCGUUCAUGGGCCGAUCCAACUUCAGACAGUCGAGUUUUUUUUUUUCAGACGGCGCACCGUGGCUCAGCGCACCCCUGCAACAAAGAAAACAGCUGGGAGCCCCCCGUUCCCUCGUUCCUCCUCCCUCCUCCCUCGCUCCUCCCUCCUCGCUCGACCCUCCUCCCCCUCCAUCCUCCUGCCCCCCUCUUCCCUCUCUUCGUCUUGCCACUUUGGCUCGCGCCACAGUGAGCCAAGCUCUACAACAUACUUGCUCAAGCCAUGUUGUUGCUUCACUGCAACCCCACGGUCCAGAAUUUUCGAUGGCAUCCAAGGCCGAGGCCUGAAUAAAUGUAUUCCCGCA